CCUCCCAGCAUUCAGCGGGCGCGCGGGCGGCGGGCGCCUCGGUCCCGGCUGCUGCGGACCGUGAGCGGACGGAGGCGGCCGGCCGCGGCAGCUGAGGCACCGCGACGCGGACCAGGUGGAGGGAGGGGCCGCCGGCGCACACCCGCCCGCCAUGAAGCCCCCCGCAGCCUGUGCAGGAGAUGCCCUGGACACAGCAGCCCCGUGCUCCGUGGUGAACUACCUAAGAUGGGACCUGAGCGCCCAGCAAAUAGGGGAGCUCACUGUGGAGCUCAUUGAGCAAACUAAGCGUGUAUAUGACCAGGUGGGCUCCCAGAAGUUUGAAGACGUGUCCUAUGAGAGUACCCUCAAGGCGCUGGCUGAUGUGGAGGUGUCCUACACAGUUCAGAGGAAUAUCCUUGAUUUCCCGCAGCACGUUUCUCCAUCUAAGGACAUUCGGAUGGCCAGCACAGAGGCGGACAAAAAGCUGUCGGAGUUUGAUGUGGAGAUGAGCAUGAGGCAGGAUGUGUACCAGAGGAUUGUCUGGCUGCAGGAGAAAGUUCAGAAGGACUCACUGAGGCCAGAGGCCCUGCGGUACCUGGAGCGACUGAUCAAGCUGGGCAGGAGGAACGGGCUGCACCUGCCCGAGGACACUCAGCAAAAAAUCAAGAGCAUUAAGAAGAAGCUGAGUCUUCUGUGCAUCGACUUCAACAAGAACCUGAACGAGGACACGACCUUCCUGCCGCUCACACGAGAGGAGCUGGUGGCGUUGCUGGGGCUUGAGCUGGGGUCUGCAGACGCGCCCUCCCCUUUUCUGUGUCUUGUGUGGUGGCCUGGGCCCUCUAACUGCGGCCUGGGGCGUGUCUUCAGCGCACAGACAUCCAUUCCCACACAGACGCUUGUGUUUGUGUCCACGCCGCGGUGUGGCCUCGCUUCUCCUGUUCAGUGUCUCCAGCAGACGGGGGAGAAUUGUGCGAUCCUCAGAGAGCUGGUGACCCUCCGGGCCCAGAAGUCCAGCCUGCUGGGAUUCAGCACGCAUGCCGACUACGUCCUGGAGAUGAACAUGGCUAAGAGCAGCCAGGUGGUGGCCACUUUCCUAGAUGAGCUGGCCCAGAAGCUGAAGCCCCUGGGGGAGCAGGAGCGGGCCGUGAUCCUGGAGCUGAAGAAGGCCGAGUGCGAGAAGCGGGGCCUGGACUUUGACGGGCGCAUCAACGCCUGGGACAUGCGCUACUACAUGAACCAGGUGGAGGAGACCCGCUACAGCGUGGACCAGAACCUGCUCAAGGAGUACUUCCCCAUGCAGGUGGUCACCAAGGGCUUGCUCAGCAUCUACCAGGAGCUGCUGGGGCUGACCUUCGACCUGGAGGAGAGCGCCACCGUGUGGCACGAGGACGUGAAGCUGUACUCCGUGAGGGACUCGGCCUCAGGGAAGGUCAUUGGGAAGUUCUACCUGGACCUCUACCCAAGGGAAGGGAAGUACGGGCACGCGGCCUGCUUCGGCUUGCAGCCAGGCUGCCUGCGGCACGACGGGACCCGCCAGAUCGCCAUCGCGGCCAUGGUGGCCAACUUCACCAAGCCUACCCCGGACGCCCCGUCCCUGCUGCAGCAUGACGAGGUGGAGACCUACUUCCACGAGUUCGGGCACGUGAUGCACCAGCUCUGCUCUCAGGCGGAGUUUGCCAUGUUUAGCGGGACGCACGUGGAGCGGGACUUCGUGGAGGCACCUUCUCAGAUGCUGGAGAACUGGGUGUGGGAGAAGGAGCCGCUGCUCAGGAUGUCCCAGCACUACAAGACGGGCAGCGCCAUCCCCCAGGAGCUGCUUGAGAAGCUCAUCAAGUCUCGGCAGGCCAACACAGGUCUCUUCAACCUGCGCCAGAUCGUACUGGCCAAGGUGGAUCAGGCCCUGCACACCCAGACGGCUGCAGACCCAGCGGAGGAGUACGCCCGCCUCUGCCAGGAGAUCCUUGGGGUCCCAGCCACACCAGGGACCAACAUGCCUGCGACCUUCGGCCACCUGGCAGGUGGCUAUGAUGCCCAGUACUACGGCUACCUGUGGAGCGAGGUGUACUCCAUGGACAUGUUCCACACGCGCUUCAAGCAGGAGGGCAUCCUCAACAGCAAGCAGGUUGGCAUGGACUACAGAAGCUGCAUCCUGAGGCCCGGGGGUUCCCAGGACGCCAGCGUCAUGCUGAAGCUCUUCCUGGGCCGAGACCCCAAGCAGGACGCCUUCCUCCUGAGCAAAGGGCUGCAGGUGGACCGCAGCGAGCCAGCAGCCUGCUGACGCACCAGAGCCCUGCCGGCCCCGGGCCAGCCCACCCCAGCCCCACCC